AUGCAAGGUCACGAAAGACUACCGGUAGUCCUGUUCCAGGAAGUAAAAGCUGCUCAGAUGCUGUGCCAGAAGCAAGUGGAGGAAGCACUCGACACUAUUAUCGAUGAAAAGGACGUGUGCAACGCAUUCAAGUUGCGUGUUGGCACUAUAUUCCAUACGCUCGUAUCCGGAGGAAUGUGGCCUCUUGAACAGCAAUCCAUUAAGAAAAUCAGGGAUCAACUGGUGCAGGUUGGUACCCCUACUACCGAGACCCUGACCAAAAUUUGCAAAAAUGCCAAUUGCAACUGUAAGUCGGCUAUCUCUCUGAAUGACAAGGCCAUUCGUACGCUCGACCGGAUGUAUGCCGAUGUCAAGGGCAUGUGCCUCGAUUGUACGCAUACGAAUGACUUCGCAACGCCCGAGUAA